UAAAAAUAUCCAAUAAAAUCUUAGUUUGGACUACCGUUAAAGGUUGUAUUAACUGAAAAAGUAGGUCAUGACAACUGAAAAAAUACAAAUGGGUAUUGAAGGCCCAUGGACAAAUGAAAGAUUGCUUUAAGGAAAUGUGAAGGGACUCCACCGUCUGGCAGGGACUUUUUUGCCGGUCGUGGACUUUAAAAUUUAGCUAACACCAAUUUGUAGUUCCCUGUGGACGACAAGAAUCUAAUUUUUGUAUUUUCUCCCCUAGGUCCUCCCAGCGUCCCAUACCUGCAUGAGUUCUUUGACUCGGUGCACGCACAACUGGCCCUCGAGGCUGCUAUUCCCAAGUGUUGGUUUAUCCAACUCGCUUGGGACGAGUUGUCAGCAGUAGCUGUAGCCUGUUGAUCCCAUUUCCUUCUGCUCUAGUUCGGAUUAGGGAGUGGCUCUCCCAGGACUUCCAGUGUUUUCGUGCUUGGGCACUGGUAUUCACAUGGCUCCGGUGCAUUGUUUUCUUCUAGGCAGCCACGGGUAGCGCUUCAGCUUAGACCUUUAUUUUACAUUCUAUCGUCUUGGACUGCAAGUACUCUGUUGUUUCUGCUCUCUCUCCCGUCUUUCCCAGUUUCCUGUUAGCCAAAGGCAUCGCUCUUUCUGAACGAAAAGUUAUCAGAAUGGAGUGGAACCUCCCGGAAAAUGCUCUUCUUCCGUGUGUACCGGAUGGGAGUGGGGGUAGCCCAGAAACUGAAUGCCACUGUCGGUAGCGCUGAAAAGGACCUGAACCCCAGACGGGAGAGGAGUCGGAGAGGAUGGCCGGGGCCGGCAGCCAGCACCCCCCUCCAGGGGCCGCAGGAGGAGCGGCUGCCGGGGCUAGUGCUGUGAUCACCCCCGCCGCUGCCUCCGCAGGUCCCGGAGAGGAUUCGUCUGACAGCGAAGCGGAGCAAGAGGGACCCCAGAAACUGAUCCGCAAAGUGUCGACCUCGGGGCAGAUCCGGACCAAGACCAGUAUUAAAGAGGGACAACUAUUGAAGCAAACCAGUUCUUUCCAAAGGUGGAAAAAGCGAUACUUCAAGCUUCGAGGCCGAACACUUUAUUAUGCAAAGGACUCAAAGUCUCUGAUAUUUGAUGAAGUUGACCUCUCAGAUGCCAGCGUAGCUGAAGCAAGCACAAAAAAUGCUAACAACAGCUUCACGAUAAUCACUCCAUUCAGAAGACUAAUGCUAUGUGCUGAGAACAGAAAGGAGAUGGAGGAUUGGAUCAGCUCUCUGAAGUCUGUACAGACCAGAGAACCCUACGAGGUGGCCCAGUUUAAUGUGGAACAUUUCUCAGGGAUGCACAACUGGUACGCCUGCUCCCAUGCCCGACCCACUUUCUGUAAUGUGUGCCGAGAAAGUCUUUCUGGAGUCACCUCCCAUGGCCUGUCCUGCGAAGUAUGUAAAUUCAAGGCUCACAAAAGGUGUGCAGUGAGGGCAACAAACAACUGCAAAUGGACGACUCUGGCCUCCAUUGGGAAGGACAUCAUCGAGGACGAAGAUGGAGUGGCUAUGCCUCACCAGUGGCUAGAGGGUAACUUGCCUGUAAGUGCCAAAUGUGCUGUCUGCGACAAAACCUGUGGCAGUGUUCUUCGUCUACAAGAUUGGAAAUGCCUUUGGUGUAAAACGAUGGUACACACUGCCUGCAAAGACUUAUACCAUCCUAUAUGUCCACUUGGCCAGUGUAAAGUGUCUAUCAUACCUCCAAUUGCACUAAACAGCACUGAUUCUGAUGGUUUCUGCAGAGCAACGUUCUCAUUCUGUGUUAGUCCUCUGCUGGUUUUUGUCAAUUCUAAGAGUGGAGAUAAUCAGGGAGUCAAGUUCCUCCGACGAUUUAAACAGUUACUAAAUCCGGCUCAGGUGUUUGAUUUAAUGAAUGGAGGCCCUUAUUUAGGUUUAAGAUUAUUCCAGAAGUUUGACAAUUUUCGGAUUCUUGUUUGUGGAGGAGAUGGAAGUGUAGGUUGGGUUUUGUCAGAAAUUGAUAAGCUCAACUUGAAUAAACAGUGUCAGCUGGGAGUGUUGCCUUUGGGUACUGGAAAUGACCUUGCCCGGGUUCUUGGCUGGGGAGGUUCAUACGAUGAUGACACCCAACUUCCCCAGAUACUAGAGAAGUUGGAACGGGCCAGCACCAAAAUGUUGGACAGGUGGAGUAUAAUGACCUAUGAACUCAAAUUGCCACCAAAGGCUUCUCUACUUCCAGAACCUCCAGACGCAUCUGAAGAAUUUUAUAUGACAAUUUAUGAAGACUCAGUUGCAGCUCAUCUGACAAAAAUCCUUAAUUCUGAUGAACAUGCAGUGGUCAGAUCAUCUGCCAAGAUACUGUGUGAAACUGUAAAGGACUUCAUUGCCAAAGUAGAGAAGGCAUAUGAGAAAACCUUGGAAAACGCCGUUGUAGCUGAUGCCGUGGCCAGUAAAUGUUCAGUCCUAAAUGAGAAGCUUGACCAACUGCUCCAGGCUUUGCACACAGAUUCCCAGGCUGCUCAAGUUUUCCCAGGCAUUGGCUCUGUCAUUGUAGAAGAAGAUACUGUGGAAUCUUCAAGUGAAGAGUCCUUAUGUGAAAGCAGGGAACAUCUCUUGGAUGACACUACAAAACCUUCCUGCCAGAAAGCAGUCAAACCAAAGGAAAUAAUGAUGCGGGCAAACAGUUUAAAGAAAGCAGUGAGGCAGGUCAUUGAAGAAGCAGGAAAAGUUAUGGAAGACCAGACAGUUCAUCCCUGUGAACCAGUUAAUGAGUCAUUUGAUUAUGACAGCACAGAAACAGAUGAAUCUAAAGAAUCUAAAGAUGAUGAUGCAAAAGAGUCAUUAACUGUUAAAACUGCACCUCGGUCUCCAGAUAGUCGGGCAAGUCGUUCCCAUACUGACUCUGGCCCUGGUCCAACUGUGGCGUCCAACAAAGAAAACCUCCCUGUGCUCAAUACCAGAAUAAUCUGCCCAGGUUUAAGAGCAGGACUAGCUGCCUCAAUUGCUGGGAGUUCUAUUAUCAACAAAAUGUUACUAGCAAAUAUUGAUCCUUUUGGUGCAACGCCAUUUAUUGACCCAGAUCCAGAUUCAUUAGAUGGAUAUUCAGAAAAAUGUGUUAUGAACAAUUACUUUGGGAUUGGAUUAGAUGCAAAAAUUUCAUUAGAAUUUAAUAAUAAGAGAGAGGAACAUCCUGAAAAAUGCAGGAGCCGAACUAAAAACUUGAUGUGGUAUGGAGUCCUUGGAACCCGGGAGUUGCUACAGAGAUCCUACAAGAACUUAGAACAGAGGGUUCAACUUGAGUGUGAUGGACAAUAUAUUCCUCUCCCCAGUCUGCAAGGAAUAGCAGUAUUGAACAUCCCCAGCUAUGCUGGAGGCACUAACUUUUGGGGUGGAACUAAAGAGGAUGAUAUAUUUGCUGCACCUUCAUUCGAUGACAAGAUCCUGGAAGUCGUUGCAGUAUUUGAUAGUGUUCAAAUGGCGGUUUCAAGGGUCAUUAAACUACAGCAUCAUCGGAUAGCUCAGUGCCGUACAGUAAAAAUCACUAUAUUUGGCGAUGAGGGAGUCCCAGUGCAGGUGGAUGGCGAAGCAUGGGUUCAGCCUCCAGGGAUUAUCAAAAUCGUGCACAAAAACAGAGCUCAGAUGCUAACAAGGGACAGGGCUUUUGAAAGCACUCUAAAAUCUUGGGAAGAGAAACAGAAGUGUGAUUCUGAUAAACCAGUUCUUCGAACCCAUUUGUACAUCCAACAUGCUGUUGAUUUGGCCACGGAGGAGGUGUCACAGAUGCAGCUGUGCUCCCAGGCUGCGGAGGAGCUCAUUACAAGGAUUUGUGAUGCUGCCACAAUCCACUGUCUUUUGGAGCAAGAACUGGCCCACGCAGUGAAUGCCUGCUCCCAUGCACUGAAUAAAGCCAACCCUCAGUUCCCAGAGAGUCUUACCAGAGACACUGCCACUGAAAUAGCCAUCAAUGUGAAGGCACUAUAUAAUGAAACAGAAUCUUUACUAGUCGGCAGAGUUCCUUUGCAGUUGGAAUCUCCACAUGAAGAGCGGGUAUCCAGUGCCUUACACUCUGUGGAGGUGGAGUUACAGAAAUUAACAGAGAUUCCCUGGCUCUAUUAUAUCUUACACCCAAAUGAGGAUGAGGAGCCCCCUAUGGAUUGCACCAAGAGAAACAGCAGAAGCACAGUAUUUCGUAUAGUACCAAAAUUUAAAAAGGAAAAGGUGCAAAAGCAGAAGACAAGCUCACAGCCUGUUCAGAAAUGGGGCACAGAGGAAGUUGCUGCUUGGCUGGAUCUGAUCAAUUUGGGAGAGUACAGAGAAAUCUUCAUCCGUCAUGACAUCAGAGGGGCUGAACUUUUGCAUCUGGAGAGGCGAGAUCUGAAGGACCUGGGGAUACUGAAAGUGGGCCAUGUGAAGCGAAUUCUGCAGGGAAUUAAAGAGCUCGGAAGGAGCACUCCCCAGUUUGAGGUGUAAUCAUAUCGGUGCUAUGCCUUGGAAAGGAAGUAAUUGCUACUUAAUACAAAGUUCUUGGAAGCAAUUGGCUGUUUUUGUAGUUUCAUGCCUAGAUAAGUAAGCACCACUGAAACACCUCGAUGACUUGAUAUUUUGCCGUGGGUGAGAAUUUUGAUUUGAGAUAUUAGAAAAUAUUUUUGUGCCAAAAAUACAUUUCACAGAGCCAUUUUCUUAUUGUGCAAAUCUAACAUGUUCAUAUUUGCUCAUGUUAGUAAAAAAGUAGGAAAACUGAGACAAUUGGAUUGUCAAAAAGGUGGGAUUGCAAAAUGUUUACUUUCCUUAAAGCUGGUCAUGUGGAAUAUUCUUAUUGUGCAACUGCAAAACAAUAUAUGGCUAAAACCUCUUAUAUCUCAUUACUGGAGGCAUUGGCUUCUUCCUUAUAUUCAUGGGUUAGGGAUCUAAGAUACAUUAAGGUGUGUUUCGAAUGUUAUAUUGGUAUCACCUCACAUUCCUAGUGCUCAGUGGUCAAAGAACAUGCUUAAAAUCCCUCAAAUACUAUGAAUGAAUGCGAAUCUUAAUGCACAUGGUUGCUGCCUGAAUUGUCUUUUUCUUGCAUGUCACAUCUAAUAUUGUUAACUCUUAGUUUUAGUGGAAUUAAUUUAUUACUACCUAAGUACCUUUUUGUUAGCUAAAGGCAUUUUCUGUUCUUCAGUGUGGACUUUGCAUAAAUAUCCUGUAUCUAAGAAUUUGUGAACAUGUGUCUGUCCCAUAAUCGACAAACAAUAUACUCUUUUGCAAGCCAGUUUUAUGUCCAUUUAACAUAAACAGUGGGCAUACACAUUAAGGCAUUUUUCUGAAUAUUUUCACAAAUUACAUUCUCUGUUGUCUAACAAUAUUAAUUAUGCUUUCCAAAGCCAAAUUCCCACAUUCGCUCUUAAUCUUCCAUUUUGAUUUAAUAAUUAUUUAAUGCUGUGUUUGCAUUUAAAAUAUAGGAGACUGUUAACCUCCAGAAAUUUCUUCAGUGUCCCAGCUGGGAUUUGUAUACUGAUGACUGGAUUGGUCACCCAGACUUACCCACUAGCUCAGGUUACUCCUGACAUGAACUGCCUCCCAACAAGAGAAAUUUAAAUUAUUUAAAGGCCUUUACAUUCUUCUUAUUAUCUCACAUAAUUUGUGUAUCCUGUCAGGUAGAUAUUAUUUUCCCUUUUCUAAACCACUGCAUUUCGAUGUAGCUCAUUAGGAGUCAACAGUGCAAUUAUCAAAUCUUUAAAAGCCAAAGGCAUACAUAUCAAAAAGCCACACAAAUAUCUUUAAAUAAGCUUUCUUAAGAUAUUAUAUACCAAAAGUUAAUUGUAAUAUUUAAAAACCAUCUAUAUAAAAGAAGUAAACAGGGUAGUGUACUGACCCAGUGGUGACAAUUUUCAUAAAGUAGCCUUCUAGGUAGGUAAUCAAUAUCCAUACACAUAUGUGCAUAUACACAUAGACAUGUAUAUGCACAUAUAUACAUUCAUAUGUAUAGUCACACUUUUAAUCACAAAAUAUGCUCUCAAUGAUAUUUUCGAGACAACUGCUGAAUGUUUGAAUGAACUAUUGUCAGACAUAAUUAGAUCAAAGGAGUUUAAAUAUUUGACUUUAUUCUUAUUCAUAACUUUAGUAUUUAACUACUAGUGAAAAUCACAAAAAUUUGGACAUCUUAAAAAUAAAUGAACCCCCAUGUGUUCCUGACCAAGUGUGUCUGACUAUACAUAUUUUAACCUAAGUUGUGAAUAAAUGGAAAUUUUCCAAAGAGAAUUAUAUCAGGUAGCUUAAUGGAGUAAAAAGCUCUUCGCUUAAAAUUUUAAUGUUAUCCACACCUAAGAAACCAAAGGCCUUUUCUAGUCCCUUUUUUACCCCUGUCCCCACCCCCACAAGGAGCCCUGCUCUUCCCGGCACUUCCCCGUGGAAUCAGAAUAAAAGAUAACUCGAUAAGUUCUCAGAAAAGGGGGGGGGCAAGGAGGUGAGGAACUCUAGAAAAAAAUGAAUGAAUAUGAAAAUCUUUAUUGAUUUUCACUCUCCCAAAAUACUGCUUUGCCAAUAGAAAAAAAUCUCAAGCUAUUACACUUUCAGAAUGUAAGAAUAAGAUGUAAAUGAUUGGCUUUUUUUGUUUGAUGUUGAUCUUUCAUUCUUAGAUACCAUCUCUUAUAUAUGACGUAAAACCUCCAUUAAUGGAGACUUUAAAUUAGGUAGAAUUUUUCUACAAGUGGCUCUUGGAUAAGGGAAAUCCUUUAAAAUGAUCAUUUAAUUUUUUUUUUUAUUUUGUUAAAUGAGAGCAGAUUUUCCUGUCCACUUUGUCAUUUGUGGUUAUGUAGGACCCAAACAACUUCACUCAACACCUUUCUGCCAGGGUGGUGCCCUCAGAGCCUCCCUAGGUGCCUGUCAGUAUCACAGAGGAACCAGCUUCUUCUAAUGGAUGAGGUUGCAAAAAACAGUGGGAAGAAUUUCUCUCCCGGUGUCUGAUCACAGCUCUGGGGUCUGCAGGUGAGGCCUCUGUGCCUUGAUCCAGCAUAAGUUGGGACAAGUAGCCCAAGCCUGCUCCUGAUUGCUAGCUGUCAUUGCCACCUUCCAACCUGCUAGGCUAUUCCACCUUCCAACUUGCUAGGCAAAUAAUUUGGGAGGGAUGGAGAGGAAUCACAGCCAACUCCCGCUUCCUGUCAGUCUCAUUUUCUCGAGGAAGAACUUGCUUUUCAAGAAGGAAGAGACUAAAUAAAAUGUUGGUGUCUAUUUGACUUUUCCACAUCUUUCCACUCCCUUUCUGAGUUUCUUUUCCACUUCCUGGUUUCACAUUUCCGCAUAUGCGUACCACAGUGAUAGUUGCUCGAAUUCUCACUGCUGUGUACUACCCUUUCCUCAUUAACUGUCCUACUGCAAAAUGACUCAGCUCUCCCCACCUUAGCACUCACUGGAGGUCAUCCAGCAAAGUUUUAGAAAGAAAACCAUUUAAAGAAACUAUUUUUGCCAUUUGCAUUUUAUAAAAGGAAACUUGCUCAUCUAAGUGAAUUUUAAUGGAUCACUAGGCGUGUCAAACUCAUUUUCACCAAGGGCCACAUCAGCCUCACAGAUGCCUUCAAAGGGCCAAAUGUAGUUUUAGGACUGUAUAAAUGUAACUACUCCUUUACAGUUAAGUGAGAGCUUGGUGCUGCCUCUGGGUAGAAGCAGGUGCAGGGCCAGAUUUGGCCCGCGGGUCUUGUGUUUGCCACCUGUGGAUUAGACAGUUUGGGGACCAUGGUGUGUGUGUGUGUGUGUGUGUACACAUAUAUAUUGCUGUUACUGAGAAGAAGUGACCCAUGAAUGUCUAGAUCUAUGCUGUCCAGUACGUAGCCACUAGCUACAUGUGGCUGUUUAAGUCUUUUAUUUUUAUGUAGAAACUGAGUUUUUCAAUUCCAUAGUCACAUUUCAAGAGCUAAAUAACCACAGUGGACAGUACAGAUAUUGAGCAUUUAUAUCAUUACAGAAACUCUGCUGGAUAACAUUGAGCCUUGCUACCCAAAAUGGACCAGCAGCAUCCUUAUCACCUGGGAACUUAAGAGAAAUGCAGAUUCUUAGGUUUAGUCCAGACCUACUGAAUCAAGAAUUUUAAACAAGAUUCAUCUGAAUGAUUAGCGCUGGCCUAAAUACGUUUUAUCCCUCCGAGAUAUUAGGGAUCUGAGGUCUUCAAAAGGUCCUCAGAAUAGCUCAUUUCCCCCCCAGUCUGCUGUUUUAUAUUGCCUUCCCAUCUAAAACUCAUUUAUCACCUUAGCUGAGUUUUCUUCUCAGUCCAUAUUCCUAAUUCUGGUUGUAGAUGAGCCCUACCUACCCAGUGAUUACAUUUUGGUGGCGAGGGCAGAACAGAGAAGAUUGGCUAACUAGCACAGCUGGCCUUACCCAUGUCUUAGUCACCAGCAGUCUGCCUUCAGCUCGGUUCGUUGCUCGUUUGGCAUUCUCAUUUGUUCACAACUUAGGUCACAGAAAAUAUUUCAGAAGAAUAUGCACUGAGAUAAGUAAGACUGGGUCAGUUUCCAACAACUUGUACUUUUUCACUUUCUCUCAUUGGUAGAUUAUCCUGUUGACACAGCAGCACUCACAUUAAAUGAAUCAUUAGGCAUAAAAACUCAAAAGAUUGCCAAUAAAGUGAAAUGUUUCAUUAAAGCCCUCAAAGACGGCACGUUUGCUAGACUAAAUCUGUUUUUCUUAUGCUAAUUUAAUCUUCAUUUUCAGAUAGCUAAUAAUUUCUUAAAAUGGUGUCUGAAAAUAUUAUAUUCUUGACCCUCAAAAUAUAAAUUAUUUAAUUCUUCAAUAAGACCUUUCCCAAUGACUUACUGUCAAUCCUUCACUUAAUUUUUUAUAUCAUUUACCAAAACAUUGCUUCCUAGAGAUUCUUUAGCUAAUUUUUGUGAACGAAAAGGUCACUAUUUUAAUCUUAAUGGAAGUCACUUUUAACAGGAAUUGAGGAAGGAAAUAUUCAUGCAAAGCCAUGACUUAGAAAAUUAUAGUGGGAACUUGACACAUUGUUCUAAAGCAAGUUAUUUUUUAUCUCCAACUGAGCUAAGGACAUAUUGGACUUUUGUGUUCAUGCAGAUGUGAAUUCUGUAAGAAUGUAGCUUUUCAUUAAGCUAGGAAAGCAUGACCUCUUUCCACCUUGGUGUCUAGUGUUUCUCCUGUCCUCUCUUCCCCCCAGAAAAUAAACUCAUCCUGCAUUUUUCAGGUGGAAUUUGGAUAAAACGGUGGGUUUAGAGAUUCAUGAUACAAGUGGCAGUUUUAAAACGCCAAGUCCUUUAAAUUAGCUGAGAAAAGUGAAAAAUCAAGAUUCCUCAAAUGCUAUUAGACAACUGCAUAGCCUCCCCACACCUGUCCAUCUCUGCUCACCACACACACCAGUCCAGUGGGGCCUGGGGCUGGGCUGUCCCUGCUGUGGCGUCUCCCUGGGGGCUUUUGUAUUGUGGUCUCUCUGUCAGGUGUAAUGUGUUGCGUUUGCAAUAGGAUGCAUUCCUAAAGAAAUAGCCAAAACUUUAAAGAGGCCAUGAUUAUUGGUUUUAUACUAAACAAAGCACUAAUUUUUAAUCUUUCUUGAUGUUUUCUCUUUACUGUUUUCUCUAGGUUCUGUUUAGGGAUAUUUCUGUUAGAAUAAAAAGCCGUAAAGGUUUAUUAUUACAAAGAACAGUGAGAUAAAAGACAGCUGGACUGUACCUGUUCAUAUACUUCUUUCUGUUAUUUCCAGGAAAAGAAGUUUAACAGAGUAACUGAGACUGCAUUAAACUCAGUAAUGUUGUUUUAGAAAUCACAUUACUAAUAUAGGUAAACACAUUAAUUCCUUUAUGUAAGUAAGAUAUUCUAUUUACAUAUAUUUAUAUUCUCUUAAUUUUUAUGCACUUCCAAGUUUUAAUUGGAAAAAUAGAAACCAAGCCAUUAAUUAAAAGUUCUAAGAACUUUACAUAAAAUGUUUUAUUUUAGCUACAAGUUAUUCAUUUCAUAGGAAUUUAUUAAUACUCCAGGUAUUUCAUAGGAACUGCAUUUCAAGAGUAAAUUAGCCAAACUUAAGGAAUGUAGGGUUACUUUUAAAUGUAUUAAAAUAAGUUUUAUGCUCCGUUAAUGAUGCCAUUGAAGUAGGAUAAUGAGGUUAGAUAUACAAGCUAAAAAAGAAAAAGAAUAUAUUUUGUGGUCCUUUCUAUUUGAUUGCACUAUUGUUUACCACAGCUUAGCUAUGUCUAUUUCUACAUUCUAAGUAUUAAGCUGAUAUAUAACUAAUAUUUCUUACAGUUCUGGUAACUGGUAACAUAUGUUGUAAAAGGUUUUGCUAUUGUAACAUUCCCAGUUUUGUGAGUUAUAUAUUGUAUAUUAAGAUGACUAAUAAAUUGAAGUAAUAUAUUUGACUACAUCUGGGAAAAUAUGAUAAUUAUUUUCAAAUCUUUAAAUAAGUUGUAUCAAAAUUUUUCCACCUAAGUGAUAUAAAAUUCUCACUUUUAUGUUAAAAUGUCUAUUUAUACAACAGAUUUCUCCUUUUACUGAUUUUAUUAAUUUUCAUAUUAAAUUUUUUCUUAAUCUUUUUGUAACCAGAUAAUUAGGUCAUGCUGGUUAUUCAAACUGCCAAAAUGUACUUUGGUUGUUGGACUUGUAGCAGACAAAAUAUUUCAUAACAAACCAGCUUUGUAUAUUUUGUGGCUUUGGAGCAAGAAUUUUACUUUUGAGUCUCUAAGGGAGAGGCUGCACUGUUAUUAGCAAAGUCAACAAUGGACAGUAUUGUUUGUGAUCAUCAGUAGAAGGUUUUCACAAGUUGUAUAAAUCAGUGCAUUUAUUUAUUAUGUUGUGAAAUGUAAUCUUUAUAGAAAAUGUGUAUUCUAGCUAUUUUCUUAUUACUGCUCUUGCUUAGAGUACAGUAGCUCUGUUAAUGAUUUACUUGCAUACUUGAAGUACUCAUUUCUGUCAAACAGAUGCCCAGUUUUUUUCCUUGUUAAAAAAGUAUUCUGUACUAGCAUAGGUAACUGAAUAGUAAUAGGGACUGUGUUAAAAAUCAUUAUCAUGGUUAAAAUUGUGGAAAAGGCAGAAAGCCAAAAUGAUAUCACUACUAUUAAGGAUUUAAUGUAGCCAGGGAAUUCAUCGUGCUAUUUUUUGCCAACAUGUAUAUAGUUUAUCUUCAAAUCAGAACUUUUCUGUGCUAAAUUUUCCAUUUUUGUUGUACCGUAAAAGAGAUCUCAGUAAUUAUACUGCCAGUAUGACAUUCAAAUGUACAUUAAGAAUGUUGAACCCCAAAUUAUCACAUACUUCCAGUGGCUAGCUCCAGGUUCCAGGGUAUAUAUUUCUAACACAUGAUUGCAUUAAAUCUGGGCUACUUUACAAAUAGUAACCAUGGUGACUAAUAGUUUGUUUCUGUCAAUUAAGUCAAUGGGAUUUUAAUUGAGUUCUGAAUUAUUUUGGUUUAAAAGUAGUUUCUAUUCAACUCUUUCAAAAACAAAAUCUAAAACAUAAUGGCACAACAUAACACACAGGAUAAAAUCACAUUUUCAAGAAAAUAAAACUGUUCCGACUUAAUGUGGGGCAGUGUUGUAUACCAAUGAAAUCAGUUUAGCAAGCCCUAAAUUCAACUAUUUUAUAGUGUAAACAGUAGAUGAAUUGCAAACUAUUUAAAAACUAUAACAGGAGACCCAGAAUUAAUUUACUUUAAUUUUAAAGACAGUUUAAUAUUAAUCUUACUGUUACACAACCAGUUUUUGAAGGCAAGAAAAAAGACAUACAAGAAACAUCAUAUGGGUAUUAAAAGAAAAGAAGCUUGAGUUAUUUUGGAAAGAUUUGCAAAUAAAUAGUUUGAAUAUAGAUAGCUUUCACCUUAUAUUAUAGGAGCACAAAACCUGUGAGGUGUAUGGUACGUACAGUGUCAGAAACAUGACCCAAACGUCACCUGGUAAAGCUUCUGAGACUGUCUCUGCACCUCACCCAAGUAACCAGUAGAAUUCUGGGGGCCCAUUUCACUGUUGAAAUUUAGAAGGCAUUUAAACAAGUGAAAAAAAAUGACCUCCUAAUCAUUUUUAUUUCCUACAUAAGGCAAAUAAUGUCUGCUUUCUCCACUUAGUGAUUGGUAGAGGAAGGGCUUUGCUAGUUCCUGGAGAAGAACUCUGAUAAAUACAGAUCAUAUACCAUUCAGACAAAAGAGAUGUUCGUGAACCUGCCUUCAAAUUUUUAGCAAGGAUAGAUUUUCCUUUCUUUUGAAACAAAACAAAUAUUAAAAUUUAUAGUACUACACAUAGCUGAAUCCUGUGAAUCUGGAGAUAAGAAUAUGGUUUAAGUGUAUCGAGUUCCAUAACUGACUUUGGUGCUUCCUUUCUACAAACUGUAUGCCUCAGUUUCCCCAAGUAGAGAUGGCACACAAUAUUAUCAAUUAUAAGUACUUGGGAAUUUUUCUUUGGCAAAAAAUGAUGUAAGUGUGAAUCAUACCUAAAUUUACCAUUUCUUUCCUACUGUCAUUUAAGACAUAACGCUUCCAAGACUAUAGCUUGAAAAUUAAAACUCCAAAUUAGGAUCCCUUGAUGUUCAGUUUAACAAUAAGAGUGAAGUAACAUUACUGCUCUCUGUGUCAUAGUAGGUUAUGGGUAUUUUCAUCUGUGCAUACAGGCUCAUAUUAUUCACUUUAGGGUCGUCUAAAAACUCACUUCUGAAAUCUCCAAAAAUUUAGUAGUAUUUUCUUCUGUAUCUACUCCAACCAUUUUACAGCAGUGAAUAUUUUUUAAAUUAAGACCUUCAUGUUUUCUAGUAUUAAUUUUCUAAAGAGGAAAAUGUUUCUUUCUUCUUCCUCUUCCUCUUUGUUUUUUGGAGGGAGACUUUAUUUAAAUCAGUCAUUAAAAAAAUGGAUCACAGGACUCCCUGACCUUGUUGACUCUUUAUGCUAAGUGACUUAGUGUAAACCCCGUGGAUUGGUGCUCUCUAACUGCAGAGUACCUUCCAAACUUCUUUAAAGAGACUAAACGAGCGAUUUCCUUAAUUACUGCCAUAAUGAAAACCUUAGUACAACUAAGGGAAAUAAAUUAGAAUAACAGUGAAAACUAUUAAAUAUACAUUACAGUAAAUGAGCAUUGCUUUUAUUUUUGCCUGACAUUUGAAUUCAGUCACUAUUGGAUCCUUGGCAUAGGUUCUUUGCAAAAUCUGGUGUUUAUUAACAGCAUAAUGUGAUAACUUGGGAGCUCCCCUAAAAGUGUGAAAGCUGUACAAUGUAAAGGAAAAGACUGAAUCAGAACUUAUUCAUGUGGUAUUUUGAUGUCUUAAUAGCACAAGUUAUUAUUUAAUGUCUAUUUUAUUUUCAUUUGAGAGAGAAGGGGAGGGAGAGAGAGAAACAUCAGUGUGAAGAAGAAACAUUGAUCGGUUGCCUCCUGAACAUCCUUCAACUGGAAAUCAAACCCACAACCUAGACAUGUACCCUGACCAGGAAUGGCUCUGGUGACCUUUCAGUUUGUGGGAUGACACCCGACUAAAUGAGCCACCCCAGCCAGGGCACAGCUUGUCAUAAUGAUACAUCUGUAAUGGAUGAUUCCAGAAUGAUUUGGUAUAGUGACAGGAAGAAAUCACUUUUCCGGGAAUUUGUUUCCCACAAUGACCUGAUACACAGUUGACCUUAGUAUAUAACUAAAAUUAUUAUUUUUUUGGAGCCUGCCCUAUUUACAGAUUUUAAUCCUGCAAUACAUUUUAAUAUGCAUAAGGUUAAGGAUGAAAAAUUGCAAACUUUAGCAAUUCUUUUGUUUCUUCUCCUUUUACUUGAAAAGCUUUCAGAAAGCUUUGAAGACAUGACACUGUUUUCAUAGCAACAUUAUGUGAUUAUAUCCUUCUGCCAAGAAACUCAUAAACUAAAAUUGGAACAAAACGAAUGCUUAAUUCUAAUCUUGGUCUUGGAUUGUGUAAACAAAAGCAUUUUAUAUCUCAAAAGUUAUUUCAGUAUUUAUGCUAUUGCAUAUUUUGGUUUUUGUUCAUUUCAAAGUUGAAUCAGCAUUUUAUGUUCUAUUUUUAAUUAGUUGCAGUAAAGCGAUAAUUUCAUUGCUUUUGUUAGUACAAACUCACCAUUUUUCUAUCCUGUGCUUUUCUGGUUUUCAGCAACCAGUUUUCCUACCUUCAUUCCCCAUCUCUAGUCCAUCUUCCUCAUUGUUGACACAGUGGUCUUUCUGAAACACAAAUUUACCUUGCAUGCUUUGCUAAAAAUUCUUAAAUACACUCUCAUUAGAGUAUAGCAGCCUAACAGUUCAGCAUGAAGCAUAAGGAUCUCUGUGACCCUGAUUUUUUAGCAUCCUCACACCACUAUUUUUUUACCUUUUUUUUUUUUUAAGCAUCCUCACCCACCAUUUCCUGUAGAGAUCUUUUGUAAUUCCAGAAUUUGGAACUAUUCACAAUUUAGUGCCCUGGCAUAAUCACAUAGCACAGGCUAACUCAUUCAAGACUCAGUUCAAAUUCCCCAAACCAAGUUAAGCAUUUUAUCCAUGCUUCAUAGAAUCUUGAAACUUUUUGUUAAAAUAACAUCACAUUUCAACAAUUUUAUGUAUUAUAUAUGCCUGCCUCCCUCAUUAACCUCUCCUUUUAUAAUUUUGUCUAGCUAGCACAUAAUAGGACUUUAAUAAAUGUUUCUGAGUGAGUGAAAGUAGUAAAGAACCCCAACUUUUCUCCAGUUUUAUAUUUUCACAUAUGAAAAUGUAGGCUUCUCUGACAGUCCACAUGAGGUAUAUGUAUUCAUGAGCACACAUACACUCCAGGAAACCAACAGAAGAUAAAAAGCAGGAAAGAGCCAUUGCUUUAUGAAGGAGAUUCAUCUGUUAGCUGUUUGUCAGAAAUAUUUACCAAAUCUGAAUUCUUGUUUCUAAAUACGAGGCUUAUCAAAUUUCACAUAACUGACAAAUUCUUAUUUGUAAUCCAUACAUAUGCCAUAAAAAUUGUCUUUGUCCUUUGUACACAUUCGGUGUAUACGAUCUAUAGACACCUGUGCACUGAUCAUCCACACAAAAUAGUGGGACUUCAGAAAGAAUAAAAUCAGUAAUAAACUUGAAAUUUUCUUUGAAAAUUCAGCCAGAGAUUUCUGUGAAAUCACUGAAUUUUUGUGAUAUCAGGUUUGUAGCUAAUAACUUUGAUUUUUUUAUGAUUUAAGGGUUAGAAGGAUUAUUUGUGACUUUCACCCCCUAUAAAAAACAUAGAGACUAAAAUCUGUUACCUGUGUUCUACGUGUUCGUAUUAUUCAUUUUAGGAGAGACUAAAAACUCACUUCUACCAUCUUCAAAAACUUAUUAGUACUCUUUCUGUGUGCACCCCGGACAUCCAAGGGUCUGUUUCUCUUUUGUGAUUCUGUAAAGUCUUUCAACUGUGUCCCCAAAUUAUGGUUAAGGUUAAUGCAAAAGGUCUAUCAAGUUAGUAAUUUCUAAAAUAGUAGCCAAAAAUGCUGUGAAUAAAUGCCCUCUUCCUUCAACUACUUAAUAGCCAUUUUCCUAACUGCUCUAUUCUUGGCACCUUAUUAGAUGCUGGGGAUACAACUAAAAUAGCACAUAAUUCUUGUCUGGUAGAGCUUGUUUUCAUAAUUACUUUUCUAUAGUCCACCUAAAAAAUUGGGAGGGCACCUUCUUAACCAUAUAUUUCUCAGAGUUUGAAAUCAGAGAAGUGGUCUCCUUCCACAUCAAAAAACUAAAAAAUCUUGUGUCAUAAGGAAAUAAUCCCAUUUCUGUGUCUACAGUUUUUAUAUCUUCAGGUGAACCACAAGUACUUUUGCCCAUCAUUUGUCAAGUACAGCUUUCAUCAAACCUAUGGAACCCCAUUUCCACAGUCAUAGGUGCUGUGUGUGACCCAGGAGACCCAGGAGAUUUGUAAAGCAUGAGUUAAAUUUCAAGUCCAUUUUAGAAAGGUGUAUGUCCCUAUUAAUGACACAUACACCAAAAUGUAUGAGGUAGGCCUCAUGUACUACAGUAGAGGGGAAGCACUGUAAAGUAAUGCUUCCUGGUAGAAAAGGCUCCGCUUGAACUUACAGGCUGAUGUUUCCACCUCAAUUAUUUUUGUUGGAGAGCAGGAAGUAAUAUUUUAACAGGUAGCAUACUUAUCUAGGCAUAUAGUGAAUAUACUAAUAGUACUGGUGUGCCUCAAUGCACUGACUUACAGGUGAAAUAAAACAAAAGUAUUUAAGUUACAAAAAAUACACUUCUCUGAAUAUUUAUUGAUGGUUAGGCAAUAGGGUUCCUUUACAAGAAGGAAAAAAACUGCCCUUUGUUGUCCAUAAGUAUGAAAAAAACCUUACUUGUAUGUAUAUUUACACUUUGAUAGGCACAUUUUGAAGUCACCAUUUCCCAUUAGCAUAAAGUAAUAACCCUUUCUAUGUUCUCUAACAAAAGAAAACUCUUAGUUUAAUACAGCUGUACUGUCUGUUGGAUGUUAUAAAAGUCCACAACAGAAGGAAACUCAGAAGGCUAGACACUAUUCCUUUUGCUAAAGAUACUCGGUAACUGUUUGCCUUCUAUUUAUCAUAUUGAAAUCAUAACAGUAGAGUUCCUUUUGACCCUUACAUCGGAAAAGAUAGUUUUAGUUUAGCCUCUUCUAUGUUAUUAAUAGUUAAGAGUUUACUACAUUUUGGUAGUCUGUUUCAAAAUUGUACUGUAUCUGAAAGAUGCAGAUCAUGUCUAUUUAUUACACAGUGGGCUCUGUUUGCUGCAGAAAAGAGUGGAACUUUUCACUGCUUAGCACACUUGCUGGUGAAAUAUACCUGACAGAGCAGAGAUUAUAACUAUGGCUCUAAUUACUUUUAAUAAUGGUAAGAAAACGUGAGUUUUGUUUGUUUACAUGCUGUUUACAAUAGCAUAAUUUUUAAAUAUAUAAAACAAUUGAGAUAUUUAUUGCAUACUAUUUUAAAGAUGUUUUAUGUGUUUUCACCUUUGGAAUAUAUUGUUACAAUUCCUUAUACAGAUAAUUGGGUGGCUUUGUUAAUAAUGUAGCUAGCAAUUUUUAUGACUACUAAGUGAUCAGUUUUCCGUGCCUUUUAUUGUGGGAUGCAUGAUUAUGUAUUUAUUGUACGGAAGUCACUGAUGUGUGUGUUUUUGUACUUGGCGGAAAGUAAUGGUUGGUCGCCAUAUACAUGAUGAUGAGAGAUGCCUUUCCCAAAAGGCACUGCCUUGAGAUUGUCCUUCUCCAAUAAAAAGAAUGCAUUUGGACAA